CGGAAGCAGCCACGGGCAUGGCGGCACCUGUGCACCUCGCUGUACUGUUGCUGGUACUCCUGGGGCCAGGCAGCUGGGGCCAUGCGGAACCCCCACGCGACAGCCUGAGGGAGGAGCUCGUCAUCACCCCGCUUCCUUCUGGGGACGUAGCCGCCACAUUCCAGUUCCGCACGCGUUGGGAUUCGGAGCUGCAAAGAGAAGGAGUGUCUCAUUACAGGCUCUUCCCCAAAGCCCUGGGGCAGUUGAUCUCCAAGUAUUCUCUGCGGGAACUGCAUCUGUCAUUCACGCAAGGUUUUUGGAGGACCCGAUACUGGGGGCCACCCUUCUUGCAGGCCCCAUCGGGUGCAGAGCUCUGGGUCUGGUUCCAAGACACUGUCACUGAUGUGGAUAAAUCUUGGAAGGAGCUCAGUAACGUCCUCUCAGGGAUCUUCUGUGCCUCUCUCAACUUCAUCGACUCCACCAACACGGUCACUCCCACUGCCUCCUUCAAACCCUUGGGGCUGGCCAAUGACACUGAUCACUACUUCCUGCGCUAUGCUGUGCUGCCGCGGGAAGUUGUCUGCACUGAGAACCUCACCCCAUGGAAGAAGCUCUUGCCCUGUAGUUCCAAGGCAGGCCUCUCUGUGCUGCUGAAAGCAGAUCGCUUGUUCCACACCAGCUACCACUCCCAGGCAGUGCAUAUCCGCCCUGUUUGCGGAAAUGCCCACUGUACCAGCAUCUCCUGGGAGCUGAGGCAGACCCUUUCUGUUGUAUUUGAUGCCUUCAUCACAGGGCAAGGGAAGAAAGACUGGUCCCUCUUCCGGAUGUUCUCCCGAACCCUCACAGAGCCCUGCCCCCUGGCUUCAGAGAGCCGAGUCUAUGUGGACAUCACCAACUACAACCAGGACAAUGAGACAUUGGAGGUGAACCCACCCCCUACCACCACAUAUCAGGACAUCAUUCUGGGCACCCGGAAGACCUAUGCUGUCUAUGAUUUGCUUGACACAGCCAUGAUAAACAACUCCCGCAACCUCAACCUCCAGCUGAAGUGGAAGAGACCCCCAGAGAAUGAAGCCCCACCAGUGCCCUUCCUACACUCCCAGCGGUACGUGAGUGGCUAUGGGCUGCAGAAAGGGGAGCUGAGCACGCUGCUGUACAAUACCCACCCGUACCGGGCCUUCCCCGUGCUGCUGCUGGACACCGUGCCCUGGUACCUGCGGCUAUAUGUGCACACCCUCACCAUCACCUCCAAGGGCAAGGAAAACAAACCAAGUUACAUCCACUACCAGCCUGCCCAGGACCGGCUGCAGCCCCACCUCCUGGAGAUGCUGAUUCAGCUGCCGGCCAGUUCGGUCACCAAGGUCUCCAUCCAGUUUGAGCGGGCACUGCUCAGGUGGACUGAGUACACCCCGGACCCCAACCACGGUUUUUAUGUCAGCCCGUCUGUCCUCAGUGCCCUGGUACCUAGCAUGGUAGCAGCCAAACCAGUGGAUUGGGAAGAGACCCCCCUCUUCAACACCCUGUUCCCAGUCUCCGAUGGCUCUAGCUACUUUGUGCGACUCUACACAGAGCCGCUGCUGGUGAACCUGCCGACACCAGACUUCAGCAUGCCCUACAAUGUCAUCUGCCUCACGUGCACUGUGGUGGCUGUGUGCUAUGGCUCCUUCUACAAUCUCCUCACCCGAACCUUCCACAUCGAGGAGCCCCGCACAGGUGGCCUGGCCAGGCGGUUUGGCCAAGUGGCUGGCUAACCUUAUCCAGCGUCCCCAUGGGGUCCCUCCGCUCUGAUACUCGUCUUCUUCAGCAGCAGCAGCUGCAGCUGCUAUUUCUCUCUGGGGAGGGGUGGUGGUGACCCCAAGGGUGCUUUCUGCCACUUGUUCUCCCCAGAGUUGGUUUUUGAACCAAACUGCCCCUGGACCAGGCCAGGGCUUAGAGCUGUGCUGUCUAGUACAGCAGUCAUGAGCCAAAUGUGGCAUUUGAAUUUAAAUUAAUUUAAAUUAACAAUUCAUUUCCUCAGCUGUAGUAACCCAUUUGAAGUCUCAAUAACCAAAAGUGUAUAUACUGUAUUUGGACAGCUCAGCAAAAUGCUUCCAUCAUUGCAGAAAGUUCUGUUGGAUAGCAUUGGCCUAGGGAACAGGGAGUGCUGAAGAGUUUGUGUCACUGUGUGGUAGAUGGAAUUUACUGUUGUGGAAUAAAAAAUGGCUGCUUCCUUCA